ACUAUUUACCGAGCUCAACUGGCGCGGCGAGUUUGCAGUUAGUUGAUACGAGAUGCCCCCAAAGAAAAAUGAACCUUCUAAAAAGAAUGUGGACAAACAGAAGCAGAAAAUCGUUGAAGACAAAACUUUUGGAAUGAAAAAUAAAAAAGGGGCUAAGCAACAAAAGUUCAUCCAACAAGUACAAAAACAAGUUACCCAAGGUAACAGGUCGGCUAAAGAGUUGGAGCGUGAAAAACAAUCGAAGGAAGACAAGAAAAAAGAGAAGGUCGAACUUAAUGAAUUGUUCAAACCUGUGUUAGAAUUACAAAAGUGUGCGAAAGGAGUUGAUCCAAAGUCAGUUCUGUGCGUCUUCUUCAAACAGGGUUUGUGUGCCAAAGGUGACAAGUGCAAAUUCUCCCAUGACUUGACUGUUGAACGGAAGGCUGAAAAGCGUGGGAUUUAUUCAGAAUCUGAUAAAACGGACGGUACUAUGGAUGACUGGGAUAUAAAUAAAUUAGAAGAAGUUAUAAGCAAAAAGCACGAUGCUGAUAACAAAGGGUUGCCACCGAGUACUAUAGUAUGUAAGUACUUCAUUGAAGCAGUGGAAAAUUUCAAGUAUGGUUGGUUUUGGGAGUGCCCGAAUGGAAAGACAUGUCACUACAGACAUGCCUUGCCUUCUGGUUUUAUCUUACAACGAGAUAAGAAGAAAAUGGAAGAACAGAAGGAGAUAAUAUCCAUAGAGGAUUUAGUUGAACGAGAGAGGCAAGCCCUUGGACUUAAUCAAACCAGAGUUACGUUACAUACAUUUAUGGAAUGGAAGAAACGAAAGAGGCUUGAGAAAAUCGAGAAGCGAUAUGCCGAUAAAGCGAUGCGAGAAGCUAGUUAUAAACAAGGCCGUUCCGCAGGGAUAAGUGGCCGGGAGAUUUUUGAGUUUGAUCCAGCAUUGGUUAUGGAGGCGCUGGAUGAUGACGAGACAUCUGGAGUUGUUGACUCUAGAAUUCGUGAUGAUGGAGAAAAUGAAUAUGAUGGUCCUGUCAGGGAUAUUGACUUGAAUAUGUUUGCGAUCGAAGUACUUGAUUGUGAAGACAACGAUAAUAGAACUGAAUUAACAGGGGAUUGUGCUAUACCGGGAGUUAGCGAAAUUCACGAAAAUGGAUAUAAUAAUGAUGAUGUGGUGAUCGAUGAAGAACUGUUUGAUGAAACAGAUCUGGCUGACAUUGAAGCCGAGAUAAACGAAUUGGAAUUGGAAGCCUAAUUUUAUCUGGCUAUAUAUGUGGUUAGUUUCGUGACAGUGAUGCUGUUGUUCGUGAUUAUGAGUGAUUACAUCUGAGUCAACAAAACUGUCCUCAUCUUAAAUUGUAUUUCUUAUUUCAGUUUUUGUACAAAGAUACUUCUUUCCCAUUAUAUUUUGCCUAUCUAAUUUUAUACUGAGUAAAUGUGAGUACAAUCUGAA